AUGGUCGGGUCGGGGUCUGCCCACGCCGCGGCUGUGGAAGAGCGGCGCAAAAAGCUCCAGGAAUAUUUAGCGGCCAAAGGGAAGCUCCGAUGUGCUAACGCCAAGCCUUACCUGAGAGAGCAGAAGCAACACUCCAGGCCACUGGCCUCUCUGUCUACAACUAGACAACAAAAUGACCCAAUUAAACAGGCACAACGGCCUGCUGCCAGGCAGCCCACUGGUCAGGGCCUCCAGCCGGGAUCCUCUGAUGUCCGUGGAACCCAAAGGCCAAAAGCAGCUGCUCCAGACGUUCUGGGGAAAGGCCCAGUGUGGGGCUGUCUUUCCUCCAGGCCACUUGGCCCGCCCUCGGGGCAUCCACACCCCCAGCACCUACCAAAAGCAGCACCUCGUCCUGUGGGGACACUGCCUAGAAUGUCCGGCUGCUCCCACAAGACCCAAAAUGCAGCCAGGCCCAGGAUCCCUAAGCAGAUGGAGCCUGCAUGUGAGCUCCAUGCCGGGGACCAGCUAGUGGGAGACGUCUCUGAAGAGACAGACAAAGAGAACCGGCCCAGCCCAGUCCCUGCAGGCUCAGAGAGGAGGCCACAGGCCAGGCUGAGAGAUGCUGCUGGACCAAAGGGUGGAUCAGGCCAUCCCAGCAGACGUGGCCUGGGCCUGGUGGAUGGAGGGGCCACCAGGAGCGUCCUGAAGGAGCAGAGCCAUAGACUGUUCGUCCACGAGAGCCAUGCCGGACUUCCCAAGGGAAAGUCCCACCAGAGGCUCCCCAGUGGGGCAGUUGGGGAGAGACCAAAGGCCAGAGAGCCCAGGAUGGUCUCAGCCCAGAGCCUCGCCAGAACUUGGGAAUCCAAGAAGGGAAUAACUGAGAAAGAGGCCAUGCGGGGCCACAGGGGUGAACAAGAGGGUUAUGGUGCAAAGUUACCGGCCCCCAGAAGGAGCCGCCCACAGAUGAAACCCCCAGUGCUUCCAGUGGGGAAGCUCAGUGGUCAGCAGCACCUCCAGGUAGCCCAGCCCAAGGCCACGAGGAAGCCCCUAGGGAGGGCAGGACAGACUCUCCAAAUGGGCAGCCCCUCCAAAGCCCUUGCACGGGCGCCUCCAAGGAAGCAGCCACAGAGCCUGGCCUCCAAGGCCAAGAGAACCGUGUCCUGGAAUUGUUCUGUGAAAUGCGUGAACCCCAAAGCACAGCCCUACGUCCACCUGACCAAGCCCCCCACAGCACCAGACCCAGGUGGGACGGAGGCAGCCGACCCCUGCCUUGAGCCGAGGACCCAGCAGAAGAGAUGCGGGGAGGACCGAAGGAAGAAACUUGAAGAAUGGCUGGCGUCCAAAGGGAAGACCUAUAAAAGGCCGCCUAUGAAAUUUCUAGCCCAAACUAAAAAAGUGCAGAAAUUGAACCAUUCAUUCUGGAAAAGCAUGGAAGAGGAGGAGGAGACCCAGAAAGUCGAUCCGGACCUGUCGCACAGGAUCAGCAGCACCCUGGCGGAGUGCCUGAAGCUCAUUGAAGAGGGCGCGCACUCCGAGGAGAUCCUGGCCAUCCUCUCGGGCAUCCCCCAGGCUGAGAAGUUCUCCACGUUCUGGAUCUGCAAGGCCCGGCUCCUGGCGGAGGAGGACAUCGAGGCCGUGAUGGGUCUCUACGAAGCCGCCGUCCGCUGCGGGGCCACGCCGAUACGAGAGCUGCGAGACGUCAUCCUGGAUAUUCUGAAAAGCGCCAAGAAGACACCACAAGGAAUUAGCAGGGAGCCGGAUUCUGCAGAAGAGAGGGCGGAGGCCGAGCGCCCCCCAGGAUCCAUUUUUCGUACUCCGAGAGAGAGAAUACCGAUCGGAGCCGCUCCCGGAGCGUCCCAGAAGGGCAAAGACCACCCUUCCUUGCCUUGUAUCAAGCUGCAGAUCACCCCCUUGCCAAGGGCCCCUGGGAUGCCGGAGGCCCAGGACGUGAAGCUGGUCACACCCGUACGGCGCUCCUUGAGGAUUGAGCAUGCGCAGCCCCAAUACCCGGACCGGCUGCGGGAGCACGGCAUGGUGGUGGCGUCCCUGGGACAGCUGCCGCAGGUGGCACAGGCCGAUUGCUACAUAUACUGCAAGAACGAGGCCCUUCCGGAGGACACCGAGCUCUGGCUCUUUGCCUCCUAG